CCGCCUGCCCGCCGGACAAAGCCGAGAGCCCGCGCCUAGAGCCAUGUCCUCGUCUGCCGGAAGCGGCCACCAGCCCAGCCAGAGCCGCGCCAUUCCCACCCGCACCGUGCCCAUCAGCGACGCCGCGCAGCUACCUCAUGACUAUUGCACCACGCCCGGGGGGACGCUCUUCUCCACCACGCCAGGAGGAACUCGAAUCAUUUAUGAUCGAAAGUUUCUGUUGGAUCGGCGCAACUCUCCCAUGGCUCAGACCCCGCCCUGCCAUCUGCCCAAUAUCCCUGGAGUCACCAGUCCUGGCACCUUAAUUGAAGACUCCAAAGUAGAAGUAAACAAUUUGAACAACUUGAACAAUCAUGACAGGAAGCAUGCAGUUGGGGAUGAUGCUCAGUUUGAGAUGGACAUCUGACUUUCCUGCAAAGAUGUGAAGAAAAACAGCAAAGCUGACAUCUAUGUGAACCUGAUUGGCCAACAGGAUCAACAACGAAGAGACAGAGCAGCAGUACCAGCAGCCCCCAUUAGUCCCCAGUCCCCUCUUCCUCUGGGUGCCGAAUGAUGGGAAGAUGAGCUCAUCUGACCAUUUCUUUUUCCGGUUUCCUGUCCCCUGCCCAGUUAGUUGUACAGGUUAGAUUGAAGGCCCUUGGUGUAUUUCUGUAGUGCUAAGCAGCCCAUAGAGGAAAACUCUGGCUUCUCUUGUUGUUUAUUGCGAACCACCCCCUAGCCCCCUCAAAUUUAUCCCAAACAGAUAUCAGCUUAUCAACAACUGCCUGGCUGGGAAGUCUAGGAAAGAGAUACAGAGGUUUCAUGGGUUCAGCAUCACUCCUGCUCCUUAGCCUCUGUUUCUCCUCCCUGUAUCCCACCUAUGACGGUUCAGUAGUGUGAGAGUCAGGUUUGGGGCUUUAAAAACCAUUAGGGGGAAAUGAUAAAAAGAGAGCUGCUUUUCCUUUUACCUUGAGGUGUUUGUCCUUAGGGACAGAGCACAGUUUGUGAAACUCUGGCAGCAUUACCCUGUGACACCAUUUUGAAGUCUGCUUCCUUUCUUUCCUCUGGGAGGAAUGUCUUCUAUCUUUGGUAUUACAGUUCCUCUUCUCAUUCCUUUACUUAACUCAUUUGUGCAGAUCUUUUAAGCUCUUUGCAUCAGAAGGGAACCCUCAGUAGCCAGCCUUGUUCUUCUGCCAUUCUACCUGUUUGCAUCUUGAUGCUAGCAGAAUACUCUUGUACUUGGAGAUACCCAGGCGAUUUUGUGUGCUCCCACAGCAGGUCCAUACCAAGUAAGAGAGGCACUUUGGCCUUCACUUGAUGGUUGAGGCCUGAUUAUAGUAUUCUGCCAGAUGAUAUCUAAGAAUGAGCUCUGAAGAGCAUUGACCCAUUGAGUACCCAGUCUCAGUAGUAGGUGUUUUUAAGUCCAGUGAGCAUUGUGAUAUUUGUUCUCAGAUUGCAGUUUGUUAUGUUUUGAGUUUGAAGUUGAUUUUCUGAAUGUUCUUAGAAAAGAACUACAUUUCUUUUCCAUUAUGGAUCUGCUUUGUUUGGCUGCUGGGAUAGGAUAGAUAAGCAUGGGCUUUAAAAUGUGUUCCUUCCAGGUUUCUUGCCUUUCCCAUUCCACUCUGAAUUUUCCCCCUGCUUCCCUCUCUUCCUCUCUCCCUCUCUCUCUGUCUCCCUUCCUUUUUCUCUGCCAGGCCAUUUUUCAAAUUUACAUCAAAGAUACCUCAAGUGUUGGUAUCUAAAAAUAUCUGUCACCCCUUUUAUCUGAGGAGUGACCUUUUAUUUUUAAGAUGACUACAGACCUAUUUUUAGAUAUGUUUUCAAUACAAUUUUGAACAGCAACUUUUUAAGUAAACAUUCUCCAGUGUUAGGAAGGUGAGAAAUGUCCAUAAGCAAGUCUGCUGUUCUGUGUCACCAUCCUUUGUCGCUCCCAGUACCUUAGGAGCUCUUUCCUUCCCCCCUGAGUUUUGGGUGUGCAUGUUUGGAGCUUGUUGUGGGUGGUUUGUAAAACUGGACCAUUCUGCCUUGCUAGGGGUUGUUCAUGAAAGCCUCAUGCUUUUCCCUUACCCUUUCCUUUUGCAUUCACCCUUCUCCUCACCCACUCUCCUGGGACUCUUGACUGACACAGUAAUCCCUGGAGAGUGACUCCCCUUUUAGAAAGACUAAAGCAUCCAUCCCCUCAUAAAAAGACAAGUAAUGUAACCACUGGUGUCCUGGGAAUUUCUGGUAGAAUUUGGUGCCCUGAAACCUCUUAUUAAGAGAUCAGAUCCCAGGGUGAGAGUAACAGGCCAAUUGGCCAAGAAAGAAAGCUAUUUGUUUUUCUUUUGAACUAUGGAAAGACCCUGUUUGUGAAUACAUUUUAGGAAGAAGAGAGGAAGGAUGUCUGUGGAACUUUGUUCUGUUUUCUGCAACAAAAUGUGAAUAGUUCAAAGAGCGAAACCUUUUGUGAUGGUUGAUGUCUCUCAGGAAUAAGCUGGAUCUCCAAUGUUUUUGGGGAUGCUUUGAGUCUCAAAAAUUGAUAAUCAGAAAAGUAUUUUUUGUUUGUUUGUUUAUGUACCCCUGUUCUGAUUUUUAAUUAAACUCCAAAUUUUGUUUUACGUACUCUUGGAAAAAACU